AUGUCAGAAUCAGGGUCCACGUUCGAGGCCCCUCUGUCACAAGGGUUUGGAUAUGGAAUCAUUCUCGGUCUAGGGUUCGCCUUUGCCUUGGUGAUGAUCUUCAUCACCUGGGCUCUCAAACGAUAUCAGCAUGAAGUCCAGACCUCCGAGAUGUUCUCCACCGCUGGUCGAUCAGUUAAAUCAGGAUUGGUAGCUGCUGCGGUGGUGAGCAGCUGGACUUGGGCUGCCACGCUUCUUCAGUCUUCUGCGGUGGCAUACAAAUAUGGUGUUUCAGGGCCAUUCUAUUACGCAUCGGGUGCCACCGUCCAGAUUCUCCUUUUCGCGACCAUUGCCAUCGAACUCAAGCGUCGUGCCCCCAAUGCCCACACCUUCCUCGAGGUUAUCCGUGCUCGUUAUGGCACAACCGUCCAUGUCGUGUUCAUCGUCUUCUGCUUGAUGACCAACAUCCUUGUAACUGCGAUGUUGCUUACUGGUGGAUCGGCCGUCAUGACUUCUCUUACCGGAGUGCCCACUGCUGCAGCAUGCUUCCUGCUUCCAAUCGGCGUCGUGUUGUACACAAUCUUUGGCGGUAUCAAGGCGACCUUCAUCACGGAUUACAUGCACACGGUCGUGAUUUUGGUGGUGAUUUUCCUCUUUGCUUUCUCCGCCUACGCUACCAACUCGGAACUCGGCUCACCUGGCAAAGUUUACGAUGCCCUGGUUGCCGCAGCCAAGGCGCAUCCAGUCGAGGGCAAUGCCGAGGGAAGCUAUCUGACCAUGAGAUCUAAGGAGGGUGGCAUCUUCUGGAUCAUCAACUUGAUUGGAAACUUUGGCACUGUCUUCCUCGACAACGGAUACUACAACAAGGCGAUUGCUGCGAGCCCCGUUCACGCCUUCCCGGGAUAUGUGAUCGGUGGACUCUGCUGGUUUGCCAUCCCCUGGCUGUGCGCUAGUACAAUGGGUAUUUCGGCCUUGGCUCUUGAAGGAUCCCAGCGCAUGAGCAGUGAGGAUGUCACCGCGGGUCUGGUGCUUCCAUUUGCGGCCGUGAGAUUGCUCGGGUACAGUGGUGCCGUGGCGACGACUCUGAUGAUCUUCAUGGCUGUGACCUCGGCCUUCUCCGCGCAACUGAUCGCCGUCUCUUCCAUCUGGACAUAUGAUAUCUAUCAGGCCUAUAUUCACCCGACGGUCAAGGGUGACAAGUUGGUCUGGAUGUCGCACAUGUCCUGUGUGAUCUACGCGAUUAUCAUGGCUGGUGUUGCUACAGGUCUUUUCUACGCCGGUAUUGGCAUGGGCUACCUGUACCUCCUCAUGGGUGUCAUCAUCUCGUCGGCUGUGAUCCCCGGUGCGAUGACGUUGCUGUGGAAGGGCCAAAACUGGAUUGCUGCGGCAGCAUCGCCGCCUCUCGGCCUGGUUGUCUCUCUUAUUGCCUGGCUGGUGACUGCGAAGAAGCAAUAUGGAACUUUGACUGUCGACACCACUGGCUCAAACUACCCCAUGCUUGCCGGAAACGUGGCCGCUCUGCUCAGCCCAGUCAUCUUCGUACCCCUCUUCACUUACAUCUUCGGGCCUCAGAACUACGAUUACGAGUCUAUGCGUGCCAUCCGCAAGAAUGACGACACUCAGGUUGCUGCUGCAGCCCACGUCGAUCUGGAGCUCAUUCCCGGCGAGGUCGACGCCCCGGAGAGCGAGUCUGAGCAAGAAAUGCAGAAGCUGAAUCGCGCGGCAUUCUACUCCCGCACCCUGACUAUCUUCAUGACACUUGCCCUUAUGAUCCUGUGGCCGAUCCCCAUGUAUGGAACAUCGUACGUGUUCAGCAAGAAGUUCUUCACGGGCUGGGUGGUCGUCGGUAUUCUUUGGCUAUUCUGUACGCUGUUCGGUGUGGUUGUGUUCCCGCUGUAUGAGGGACGUGCCAGUAUCGUGCGGGUGGUGAAGAUGAUGGGUUUGGAUCUGAUGGGUCGCAAGCCGACUUUGUAUCGGGGACAAAAGACGGAUGGCGCGCAGGCUUCGGGUGUUGCGACGCCGGUGGAGCAUGUUCGAGAGAAGGAAAAGGAGGCCUUUGAAGCCAGCCCCUGA